UUUACACUGUUAGGAGGCAUGUAUGAACUCUGAUUCAGGUGGCCCCUGAAAAUUGAUUGGAAAAUUUUAAUAGGGCCACAGUUUUGUGGUACAAUAUUAAUUUAUUAUGGCUGGUUUAUUAUCGUUAACAUCGCGUAGUUUACAGCGAAGUGUAUUAGUUUAUUUUCAAUAUGGUUUAGAGUCACAAAUUUCUAAGGUAACACCAAGAUGUAGAUCGUUGCACCAAGUAGUUCGAGUUAUUAGAAAAGUUCAAAAAAUUCAUCCAACUGUAUUUUCAAAAGUAUUAUCGCAACCGUUUCAACCGUUAACAUACGCAAAUCGAGAAUUUCGAACAUCUUUUGCUCUUUUGGAAUCACAAACUGUAAAUGUACCAGCAUUUGCUGAUUCUGUUUCAGAAGGAGACGUUAGGUGGCAGAAAAAGGUGGGAGACGCUGUCGCCGAAGAUGAUGUUGUUGCUGAAAUUGAAACAGAUAAAACAUCAGUGCCAGUUCCAUCACCUGGAAAUGGUGUGAUUGAAGAAUUAUUGGUGGCUGAUGGUACAACAGUUAAAGCUGGCCAGCCUAUUUUCAAAAUUAAUAUUACUGGUGUGAAACCUGCAGGGGCUCCUGCUCCCAAGAAAGAAGCUGCAGCUGCACCCGCACCACCACCGGCAGCUCCGGCACCAGCAGCUGCAGCACCUCCAGCUCAGGCACCACCAUCUCCACCUAAACCAUCAUCUCCGCCUCCUCCGCCCCCGAAACCAACUGCCCCUCAAGCUUCAAUGCCUGUUGCGGCAAUAAAACAUGCACAAGCUAUCGAUGGAGCAGUCGUAAAACUACCUCCAGCUGAUUACACGAAAACAAUCACUGGAACACGAACAGAACAAAGGGUGAAAAUGAAUCGAAUGAGAAUAAAGAUUGCUGAAAGAUUGAAGGACGCCCAGAAUACAAAUGCUAUGCUAACAACGUUUAAUGAAAUUGACAUGAAGAGUAUUAUGGAAUUCCGAAAACAAAAUCUUGACGCAUUUGUGAAAAAAUAUGGUAUUAAACUUGGUUUCAUGUCUGUAUUUGCAAAAGCAUGUGCUUACGCUUUACAAAGCCAACCAAUUGUAAAUGCUGUUAUCGAGGGCGAUCAAAUUAUUUAUCGAGAUUAUGUUGAUAUUUCGGUGGCUGUUGCAACUCCAAAAGGUUUGGUUGUUCCUGUAUUGCGUAAUGUUGAACAAAUGAGUUACGCUGACAUUGAAUUAGCUUUGGCUGCUUUGGCUGAAAAAGCCAAACAAGGUAAAUUAGCAAUUGAGGACAUGGAUGGCGGUACCUUUACCAUUAGUAAUGGAGGUGUUUUCGGUUCUUUAAUGGGUACACCAAUUAUUAAUCCACCACAGUCUUCAAUUUUGGGUAUGCAUGGCAUUUUCGACCGACCUAUUGCUGUUAAAGGAGAGGUUAAAAUUCGUCCAAUGAUGUACGUAGCAUUAACUUAUGAUCAUAGAUUAAUUGAUGGACGUGAAGCCGUUACAUUCUUACGAAAAAUCAAAUCAGCUGUUGAAGAUCCACGAACAAUGUUGGCUGGUUUGUAAUUGUUUUAAAUUAUUCGACAAAAAUAACAAAAGUAACAAAAAAUAUUAAUCACAUGUGUAUUGUAUUGUGUCGUUGGAUGAAUCACAUCAAUUUUGUAUCUUUAUUGUGGAUUACGGGAUAAAUUAUCAACUAUGCAUUAUUUUUGUGAUGUAUAUUCGUUAAUAGUGUUCAUCAAGAAACAAAACAACAAAAAAUUCAAACAAAAGUCGUUUAAAAUUUAA